CUAGAGAUAGCAAUAUAUUGGAUGGUCUUCCCUCUCACUCACGCAUGCGCACAUUAAAUCUGGUACAGUCAACGUCAAAACAAACUAGUACUAUACGAUAUAAAAGUUACAUUAUAUUUUAGUACAGUCUCAAUAACUUUAGUUGACGUGACUGUACCGACAAGGACAAAAGACCAUCCAUUGAAUCUCUCUCUCGGCGACGCUAAGUUCAGCUUCCAGUUUUAUUAUAUUUCAGUGGAUUUAAUCCACCCGCUCGACAAUGUAGAUAGUCAAUUUGUGGUAAAAUAGCAUAAGUUUCUAAACGAACAAGAGUUUAUUGGGAAAAUUUUUAACAAUAUUUUACGAAAAAAAAGUGUAAAACUUUUUUCUGUGACAUUUUAAAUUUUUAUACUAUAAUAUAUAAUAUGUAAAUAACCUAUUAUUUUAAAAAAUCGAGAGGAUGGCAUCGUCUGCAGCGGAAAAAACUUUUCCCAUAAUACAGAAUAAUAGAUAAAUAUUAGAUAUUCCAAGAUAAUCAAUUAAAAAAACUUUUUGACCAGUGAGAUGUGAUUGCCAAAUGUCGUGUCUUCAUGGUCCUCGAACUAAAAUUGUUUACUCACCUUCAUAAUUGGCACAAAAAAAAAAAACAAACAUUAAAUAGUUAAAUCAUUCUCAUCAAUAAUAGUCGCAAAGAUAUGGAGACAGCAGGUAAAAACAAGCGAAUAACAGGAAGAAAGUAUGAUAUAGCAGCCAAUUCAUCUGAGCCAAUUAAGAAAAAAAUAAAAGAAUCUCACUGCCCAUUUCGAUAUAAUGUUAACUUAUCAGACAAGACACUUGUUCUUAAAGAUGAUGAUGAUGAUGUUGAUGAUGUUGAUGUUGAUGAUGAUGAUGAUGAUGAUGGCAAAGUUCAAGUUGAAAAUGAUUCAACAAAUCAAAUUAAUAUAAAUAAUGUUGACAAAAAUGAAACAAAUUGUUUAGAAUCUUCAAUAACAUCAGAUCAAGAUGAUGAAGAUGAUUUGAGACAAUUUGAUAUACUCGACGAUCUUGAUGGACAACUGGAUCAAGAUGGUUCUGUUUAUAACAGUGAUAGUAAUUAUAGUUUGGAUUCUGAAGUGCCACAUGAAGAAAUUGAAGCCAUGUUGGAGGAGGGUCUUUCUGAUGAAUUUAAAGUAAAAACCAGAAAAAAAGGAGACUGUAUGCCGUACGAAGAAAAAGAAAAAUUAGUUUUGGAUGAAAUAGGACACAAUCAUUUUGACGUACUGCCAGAAGGGUGGGUUCAAGUGACUCACAACAGCGGAAUGCCCCUGUAUCUAAAUAAACAAACACGUGUAUGCACGUUAGCCAAGCCAUAUUUUCUUGGUCCAGGAAGUGUCAGAAAGCAUGAAGUGCCAGUUAGUGCAAUACCUUGUAUGCAAUAUCGUCGAGCUCUUAAAGAGGAAGAAGAAGAAAGAAAAAAAGAAUUGAAUCGUGAACCAGUUACUGAUACUUGUACUUUGCCAAGUGCUAAAAUUGAAACAAUACAAGAAAAUUUAGCAGCACAUUCACUUGAUAGUGAACAAUUACGUGAAUAUUGUCAGACAUUAUUCCGUUUCAAGUCAAUAAAAGUGAUGAGAUUUCAGUCUUGGUCAGCUAGAAGAAAAUUUACUAAAAAUAAAAAACACAAAAAACAACUUGAGCGUCCAACACUUCCAGAUGGCACAAAAUUAAUAACAUUUCCAAUUGGUGGUGUUGUUACAACUGGUGAUAGUAAUACAGAACUUGGUGAAGAAAAUAAUGGACAGCGACCACCCAAGCACUGGAUUAUGAAUCCAUCUGGUAAAAGUUAUGUUUGUAUCCUUCAUGAAUACGUACAACAUGCUUUAAAAAAACAACCAACGUAUAAAUUCAAAGAACUUGAAAAUGCAGCAACACCAUAUUCAGCUGUUGUUUGUAUAAAUGAUAUGGAGUAUGGCAGUGGUUUUGGUAGCAGUAAAAAACAAGCUAAAGCAAAUGCAGCACGAAAAACAUUGGAAAUUUUAAUACCACAAAUGAGAGAUAAAAUAUCAUGCGAUUCAACCGGCAGUACUGGUGAUACAGCAACAAAUUCUAGUAGUACAAUUAAAGCAUCACGUGCUAAUACUGAUACUGAUCUUUCUUUUUUUGAUGAAAUAUCGAUAAAUGAUCCAAGAGUUGCUGAAUUUUGUGCCAAAACAACUGAACCAUCACCACAUGCUAUUUUGAUAACAUGUUUACAAAGAAAUUUUGGUCUCGGUGAUAUGCAUAUUAAUUAUUCAGUUAAUACUUUAAAACAUCAAAAAAAUGAGUUUACAAUGAGAGUUGCUAAGCAUGAAGCGACUGUGAUUUGCCGAAAUAAAAAAGACGGUAAACAACGAGCUGCUCAGGCAAUUCUUCAACUUCUCCAUCCACAUAUUCAAUCAUGGGGAUCUCUUCUUCGUCUUUACGGUUCACGAAGUGUUAAAUCAUUCAAAGAAAAAAAACAACUUGAACAAGAAAUAACUCUUUUACAAGGUAAAGCUGCUGUUAAUCAGCCAAAUCAUGCGAUUCUUGAUAAAUUACGUUUAGAAAUGAAAAAAUUAUCUGAACAACGCCAGGCAAUACAACCAAUUGGUAAAUUUUUACCAUCAGAUUUACCAACUGGUUCAGCUGCAAAUCUUAAUAACGUUGAUUUAUAGUUUAUAAACUAUAAAUAAUAAUUGAUUAUCAAAAUUUUAUUAUAAUAAUUCUGAAUACGCUUAGUGAUCAAGUUUAUCUUGCUGCAAACUGAAUAAUCGGUAUAAAGACUGUAAAUUAAAAUUAGUUUUUUUCUCACAAUAAUUGUUAAUAUACAUUAACAAUUUUUUUCUUAUAACGCUUUAUAAUUUUUUUUUUUCUUCUGAUAAAUUUAUUUUAUUUGAAUUUUAUUAUGUUAUAUACAAAGUGGCAAAUGGAUUAUAUUUUUUUCUAUUUUUUUUUUUUGGGAAUGCCUUUUUUUGUCUUCACUUUAUUAUUAGUAUGAUUUUUUUAUUGCGAUAUAUCAAAUGUAAAUUAAUGUAACUGAUUUUUGAUAAAAUACAGUGUAAUUUUUUUUGUUCUGAUCUACCGACGUGCAUAAUUUAUUAUAAUUCUUAAUGAAAGAAUAAUCUGUUCAAUUUUCUGUUCUUUACAUUUACUAAACUCGA